CUCAUUAAAUAGACGGUGACUGUCGGCUGUGGGGCGACGGAGGCUAAUUGGGAGUAUCGUCUCGGUUUAGGGCUAUCAAUGUGAACUGGGGUCGCCAGGCUACAACUUGGGGUGAGGGCACCCACGAAAGAAUGAACAGGUUAACGGUUUCUGUUCCAAAAAACUACUUUCUGUUUCUUAGCACAGUGGAAGAUAAACUAAUUGAAGAUUGAGGAAAAAGACACGUGCCGUGAUUGUAUGAAGGGAUCUAGCGAUAAAUGGUUAAACUUCGAUUUAUAUGAAUGUUUGGAAUUUACUGAGGUGGAAUUACAUUUAAGGGACAAAGUUGAAAGAAAAGGACAAAGAUGUGGAUUUUCCUAGGAAUUGCUACUUUUACUUAUGUGUAUAAGAAGUGCGAUGACUUGCUGGACGCGAGCUACGCGAACAAGGAGGUGCUGGGGGCUUUGCUGCUAUUUUUCUCCUUAGGGUUACUGCUGUCCUGUCGUUAUCGAUAUAGGCAAAGGAAGGGUCAAAAACAGCCUUCCAACCUGAGCUUCAUCUACCAGCUUCUCUCAUUCCUGCCCCUGGCAAGCUCCUUCAAUGGGUCUGCAGACUCUGACAGCACUGAACAGGGCCAAGCCAAGCAGCACAAGAAAACAAAUAUUACUUCCCCUGAGUCUGCUAUGAACAUCAGGACUUCUUCUCAAUGUGAUCCUGACAUCAUCAUUGUGGGGUCUGGGGUACUUGGCUCUGCCAUGGCCAGUGUACUUGCAAGGGCCGGGAGGAAUGUGACGGUGAUUGAGAGAGACAUGAAAGAACCGGACAGGAUUGUUGGAGAGUUGUUACAGCCCGGUGGAUAUCGGGCCUUGAGAGCACUCGGUCUUGAAGCUGCUGUUGAAGGUCUUGAUGCAUGUGCCGUAAAUGGUUAUAUCAUCCAUGACCUGGAGAGUCGGACAAAGGUGGAAAUUCCAUACCCUGUGGAUGAGGAUGGUCGGGUGAAGUGUGGCACUGCGUUUCACCAUGGACGUUUCAUAAUGGGCCUAAGGAAGAUAGCGAGGGCAGAACCUAAUGUAAGGUUCAUUGAAGGAACAGUGACGCACUUACUGGAAGAAGGUGGUAGAGUUACCGGAGUACAGUACAGAGAAAAAGAAAGUGGAGAUGUAAAGGAACUGUGCUCCCCUUUGACUGUGGUUGCUGAUGGCCAUUUCUCUAAAUUCAGGAAAAAUCUGGUGAAGACCAAAAUCAGUGUUUCAUCUCAUUUUGUUGGCUGUAUCAUGAAGGACAUGCCACAAUUCAAACCUAACCAUGCGGAACUUGUCCUUGCUGAUCCUAGCCCUAUUCUUAUCUACCAAAUUUCAUCCAAUGAAACGCGAGUACUUGUGGACAUCAGAGGGGAAAUGCCAAGACAUCUUCAAGAUUACAUGAUUGAGAAAAUCUAUCCACAGCUUCCAGAGUAUAUAAAAGAACCAUUCCUACAUGCAGUUCAGAAUGAUCGCUUACGGACCAUGCCUGCAAGCUUUCUCCCUCCAUCACCAGUAAACAAGCCAGGUGUGCUGCUUUUGGGAGAUGCGUACAAUAUGCGUCACCCUCUGACAGGAGGUGGGAUGAGUGUUGUACUCAAUGAUGUGAGGAUAUGGAAUUGUCUGCUGCAGAGCAUUCCUGACCUCCACGAUAACGAUGCAAUGCUGCAGGCCAAGAAGAAGUUCCACUGGGCAAGGAAAAAAUCCCACUCCUUUGUGGUGAACAUUCUGGCCCAAGCUCUGUAUGAACUUUUUGCUGCUACUGAUGAUUCAUUACAUCAGCUGCGGAAGGCUUGUUUUCAUUACUUCAAAUUGGGAGGGCAGUGUGUCACAGGUCCAGUGGGUCUGCUAUCUGUGCUUUCUCCUGAACCAAUGACUCUGAUUGGACAUUUCUUCGCAGUUGCAUUCUAUGCUAUCUAUUUCUCAUUCAAGGCAGAACCUUGGUACCUGAAACCACGAGCCCUGUUGAAGGGUGCUCUUAUUGUUUAUCGUGCCUGCUUGGUUAUCUUUCCCCUUAUUUAUUCUGAAAUGAAGUAUCUCGUUUACUGAAUCACAGUUGGAAAUGAUAAAAAAAAAAGGUCAUGUAGAGCCUUGGAAAUUUUAAUAUUUACCCUUGCUACAGUCUAAAUAAUGGAUUCAUAAUGUUGUCGAAAGAUUCUCUAAGACCAUUUGUGAAACAUGGCUGUUCACCUUCUACCUUGUGAACUUGUGAUGCAAGCGUGUAAUUGUAAUCCACUUAAUGCCCAAUUGCAGACCAUCCAUAAAACGACUUGACCUUCGGUACACUUUUUAUAUAGCGCUGAUUAUGGCUGAUGGCACGGGCUUUCAGAAGUCUCUCUGUUAUUGAUGAAGCGCUCCGUUCUUUUGUUAUUCAAAACGUGUUUAUCCUCAAUGAAUUACUCCUUUUUUAAAAAAAAAAUCCAGUCAAUUGAUUUCCACAGUAAAGUCAUCUCCAAUUUG